GAUCAUAUUUGAACAUUGUUAUUUGGCUAUUAGUCCUCCUAAUUUUAUCCGUACUGUAAAUAGAUUAAAAGAAGUAAAUACUCUAAGGCUUGUUAAAGUGCUACUUGUGCACCUUGAAAUCCGGGGUGGUAGAAGUUUGGGCCACUUGUUCAGCUAUGAAGAUGAUCCUCGUCCGAAACUCGAUCUCGUCCGAUCACGGAUUUCUAUAGGGAAUCCUUAUUAACUCAGUUUGCGAUAUUGUCGGUAUGUUUAAUUAACAAACAAUUACGGAUUAAAAGAUAAUUCAAACACUUGAAACACACAUGAUAUCCGAUUUGUAAACGAGCUAACCGAGGUUUUAAGGCGUUAAUCACUUUUUAAUAUUUAUAGAAUAUCUAAGCAAAUACUUCAAGAUCACCAAAACGUGUUACGUCUCAUUUGCAUUAUCAGUCGCUCUACCAUUACACGUCCAACCGUGUUUUUAUGCACACGUUAUGGUAUUAAAGUCUUACUUAAUUUGUAACGUGAUUAGUUUUUAUAGAAUUUUUUAUAUUAAAUAAGUCAAAAUAUAUGGAUUUAGGCAGCAGACAAUCGGCGACCGGAUCAAUGCAUCGUUUCGAAGGUUUCCCUGGUCAGUUUACUCCGAUGCCCGGUGGGUUGGUAAUGCCCCCGCACCCAUCCAUGCUCCCUAAUAUGUACCUGACACGUCACCUGACAACGCCGUACCCACAGCCGAUUCCGAUGCAUCUACACCCGUUUACACUGGCUGAAAGACUGGCAGAUAUGAUAUUCGAGGCCCGGUACGGUCCCCACCGGAAGCAGCGCCGUAGCCGCACGGCGUUUACGAGCCAGCAGCUUUCCGCCCUCGAGAAAACCUUCGCCAAAACGCACUAUCCUGACGUCAUGUUGCGCGAGCGUUUGGCGAUCAUGACGAAUCUACCGGAAGCAAGAAUACAGGUUUGGUUCAAAAACAGGAGAGCGAAACACCGAAAACGAACUAAACCCGACACACUGACGUUGGAAAUGACGUCAUCUACCAGCGGCUCGAAAGCCGUUACAGUUAUUCCUCCAUACAUAGUCACCGACGAAGAAGACGUAAAUGUUGAUGACGUAAACGAAGACAUAAAUACGGCAACAUGCGUAAGCGAUGCCCCUUUCACGGCAACCCUAGCAAAUGCCUUACCGUCAACAAGUCAGCACGCGUCCAGAGCGGACCCAUUACUCGCCUCCGACAACAGCAUGUAUGAGAAGCAUCCGGCUGAUAAGCCGAUGUCUCAUGUAGACUGGGUUCAUCACAGAGUGAUCAAUAGUCAAAGUAACCAAGAACUCAUUACGUCUCCACAGGCUGUGAAACUUUUAACGUAACUCGUCAAGUAUGGGAAACAGACAAGACUUUGCCAAUACCGUAAAAUUACAACAAAUAUUUACUGUUAUUACGCAAUUUUAAGAAAAAGUAAGUUGAAUACUAGAAGUUCGCAAGUCUAUUGGCAAGUACAUUACGGUACUAAAUGAAGUGUUAAGUAUAACAUAUUAAUAUAUACCUGCUACAGCUAAAUAUAUUGUUAAAAAAUCAAUAUAACAGAAAUGAAAGAAAACGUCGUUAUCGCGCUCAUGUUUUGCCCUACGCACAGAUAGCACAUAUGUUUACUCCCACUAAUUAUGAUCGUUUCAAACGCCUGCACUCACGUUCUGAAACGUCCACAAAGAAUAAUGUCUGUCCUAUUAAACCGAAAGAACGAUGUUUACAAUUUCGGUUGUUUACUACAGAAAAUAAAGAGACAUUUAGUA